AGGCCACCCUCUUCGUCACUUUCGUAUCCGGGUGCGGGUGCUAACGACGACGCACGUAGUCCCGGAAGCGGUGGCACACCUGGACCUCUCAGCCAGCAAGCGCCAGCUAGCCUCGACUCAUCGGAUCCUGAUGCCAUGGGCAAAUGGUGUCCGCGUAGAGAAUGGAGUUCGCCACCUGACGCGCAACGCGCGGCGAGCGACGCGCGUCGUGGCGUUCUUUAUUCGUCCGUCUUCCUCGGCAGUCCCGGUGACGCGAGUAACGCGAGUAUCGGUAGUGGCGAGGGCACGGGCGAGGAGGACGAUGAUUCGUCGGGCAAGAAGAACCAAAAGAAGCGCGGAAUCUUUCCCAAGGUCGCGACCAACAUCCUCAGGGCGUGGCUGUUCCAGCAUCUCACGCAUCCAUACCCUUCGGAAGACCAGAAAAAACAGUUGGCACAAGACACGGGGUUGACGAUUCUUCAAGUUAAUAAUUGGUUUAUCAAUGCAAGGCGUAGAAUUGUCCAGCCGAUGAUCGAUCAGAGUAAUCGAGCUGGACCGAGCGGGGCAUACAGUCCGGAAGCGACGAUGGGCUACAUGAUGGACGGACAGGCGGCUAGCAUGAUACACCGGCCGCCCACUGAUCCUGCGUUCCACAAUCAGUACCAUUACCCGUCAGAGUACUAUGGACAUCACUUAUAAAGGAACACUUUCGGAAGAAUGGAAUGCACGAUGGAACGACGGUUCUAACGACACGAGAAACGCGUGACAGACGCACCGUGCUCCAGCUGGCGUAGGCCAGGAUCGGAGGACAACGAUGAUCCGUGGCCUUCAGGACGAUCGCCAUGGUAGGUCCCGACGAUUUCUUGCCACGCCGCACGUCGAAAUCCGUGACGAUCUGGGGGUGCUCGAAAACGCGAGAAGGACACGGGGAAAGGAGAGGAAGGACGGAGGAAUGAGAUUCCCGGUUCCAGGAGGUAGGACGAGGCGGGUGGAAACGCCGUGGGAGGCCGACGAGGAGAGGAGGCGGAAGAUAUUGGUAGAACCGUCGAAAGUGGAGGGACGGUUACGUGACGGCACGAGCCGAGGCGCCCCGGAAGAGCGGCGGCGACGCGCGAUGGAAGGAGGAUGAAGUCGCGGCCUGGCCUGGAAAGUGACGCGGCCGCGAAGAAAUUCAUGUGAUUGUUCUUUGUACAAAUAUCGCGGUGUAAUAUUGUAGUGAUGGAAGAAUUUAAAUGUUAAAUUUUAAUACGGUCGCGAUCGAGAUAUAUUAAUGAGAUAUAAGUGAUAUAGGCAAUUUAGCGGGCAUGUACAUUAAAAGAAACGAAGAAAACGGAAAAGAGGCAAACCCGGUGCUCGCACGGAAGAUAGAGAGUAUGUCCACGUGCACAGACCACACGAGAGAAAGAGAGAGAGAGAGAGAGAGAGGGAGAGAGAAAGAGAGAGGUAUAAAACGAGAGUACGAGAGACAUACAAAAAAGGUUGGAGAGUAUAUAUAUAUAUAUACAUAUAUAUAUAUUAUAAAUAAAUAUAAAUAGCGAGAGGAGAGAGAGAGAGACACAAAGGACGAAAAGAGAGAGAGAAGAUUAUUAAAUGGUACGGAGAAGAUGUUCAAAGGUAUAUAAAAAAUAAAAUGGACGCGAAGCGGAAGAGAGCGAAAGAGAAUGAAUUAGGCCGAAUGACAUCGACGCGUGUGCCGGACUCGAGCGUCGACCAUUCACUUGCAUAUAUAUAUAGGAGACAUUAAAAUUUGUACAGUUAUUAAUUAUAAAUGAAUUUACUAAUUAAAGGAAGAAUAUAUUAUAUAUAUAUAUAUAAAUAUAUAUACAUGACGGAGUAACGUGUGGCCCCGGUUGUAAUAUAAGUCGAGCGUUGUAGUUGGACUGGGACGAUUAUGGUAUAUUGCCGACGCGUACUAACAGAAGAAUAAAUUUCCGCGCGAACCGAGAAAGAAAGAGGAGCGGAAGACGCGAGUGGCGCGAGUGAAAGAAUACACGAGAGAGUAAACGCGUGUUGAGGGAUUAUAGUUAUAAAUAAAAACGAGAUAUAGAUACCUGCGAAAGAGAGAGAGAGCGAAAGAGAAAGAAAGAAAGGG